CACAGACCCUCCUUUGAGCGCGCCAUUUCAUCCCCCACAUCAACGCGUCGCGUCCGUGUUUCCAUGACUUCACGCACUCCAUAUCUACCAUCCUAAUUGUCGUCUUUAUUAACCCGCAACCGAAUGCCAACAAGUCGAGGACCUGUUACGAUGGAUAUGGAAGAUGUGCAGUCAACUGCUGCUGUAACACCGUCGCAGAAACGCCCUUUUGAUGAUGACGUCCCCGUGUCAACGCCAACUAAGAAUGUCGUCGUUCAAUCCGAUAUCGAUGGCACACCACUGACGGUUGUCUCGUCAAUUGCCACACCUUCGCCGCUCAAGAAGUCUUCCCAGGCCUCCGUCCCGCCAAGUACCAAUGCAAGCAAUGCUCAACCUACAAGCUCUACCAGUGGUGCUCAGCCAGUUAAGAGGCGGAAGCUCACGGACAAGGAGAAGGAAGAAAAGAGGUUAGAGAAAGAGGCCAAGGACAAGGCAAAAGCAGAGCAGAAAGCAGCAAAAGAAGAGGAGAAGCGGAAGAAGGAGGAAGAGAGACAAAAGAAGAACAUUGAGCGAGAAGAGAAGAAGCGAGCUAAAGAGCUAGAACAGCAGCAGAAGGAAGAGGAGAAACGUAAGAAAGAGGAAGAGAAGCUAAAGAAGGAGCGGAGUCAAAUGAAGUUGAAUUCAUUUUUCAACAGGCCGAAGGGGGACUCGGGUUGUGCAAGAACAGUGACGGUAGAGCCCAAUCACACUUGCACAUCCGAAACAAUAUCAUUAGCACCGGAACCCCCUAUGCAAAAUGCUAACACGACUGCGUCUCCGCAGAAAGCCAUCCUUCGAGCAGCGAAAACCGAUUACGAACGAUUCUUCCUGCCGUUUCAGCUACCCAGCCACGCGAUCAUGGCCCCGAUAAACCGAUAUAUGGAGGAUCCUGAGAAGCUGGCUUCAGCAAGAGCACGACUUGAGCAAUUGAUAUCACAGGAGGACGUCUGCAUGGAGCCAAUCUCGGUGGAGAGCUUCAGAGGACAGUUCCCGAGAUAUGCAGGUCGUGGCCCGGAGAUGCAUUCGAUUAAAGAGAUAGUGGAGCGGCUCAACAGUUCCUCAACUCAUCCUAUCGACCUCACGAAAGAUGGCGACGAUACGCAAGAUCCGCUCGCCCUUCUCAAACGAAUCCCGAUGAAAUAUUUGCAUUUCCCGGAGGACGUCAGGCCGCCGUACUUCGGUACAUACACGAGACCGCACACUCGACGGGAGACCUCAAAGCUGGCAAUGAAUCCUUUCUCACGUACCAUCCGAGAGUUCAACUAUGACUAUGACUCCGAGGCGGAAUGGGAAGAGCCAGAGGAGGGUGAGGAUCUAGACUCUGACGGAGAAGAGGAUCUGGAUGAGGAUGGAGACGAUGACAUGGACGGCUUCUUGGAUGACGAGGACGAUGGCCCGAUCAAGAGGAGGAUGAUCAGCGGUGACCUGCAACCAGUCAGUACCGGACUCUGCUGGGAAACCCCGAAUGGUCUCUCGGUAUUGAACGAUGGAUCCGGAGCCGUCUCUACAGAGUUCCGAGGUUUUAGAAUCGGCUUCUUACUUGAUCCACAACCUCAAUCCAUUGAUCCCUUCUCCACCGCGUACUGGGCGCCUGACCCUGUAUCCCUUGCUAAGACAGCUGCUGUUGCUAGCAAGGAUGGUCCAGGCAGUGGGACCAUGCAGCCACCGCGCCUCCCCCUCGCGACAAGACCCAUGAACAGCAUGAUGAACUCAUUGAAUUCCGGCAACGGUGUCGCAGCUGGCGCGGGCGCCAAAGCCGCAAAACCUCCAAAACGCAUGAUACCUGCAGAUCAGCUUCCAGCAUUCAAGGCUGAAGUAGAGGGUAGCGAUCUCACGAAGAUUGCGCUGAUUGAGGCCCUCAAAAGGAAGUUUCCGAAAUUGCCGAAAGAUGCCAUCAGUAAUACUCUCAGUACUGUGGCUGCUCGUGUCGGACCUAAGGAGGUCGAUAAACGAUGGGUUCUGCUCUGAUCUUCUUCUCAGCAUCGGUUUUCAUCGCGAUUCCACUCAAAACCUGCAUUGAUUUUUGGCACAUCAUUAAUCUUCUGGACUCCAACAAGAUCCAAUUACGACCAAUCGAUCAUCUUCUUCUGUUAUAAUAGCGCGGCGUUACAUUGGUACGGCGCAUCGGCGCAUGGAGCCAGGCAAACGCUGCGGGAGAGCGGCGUAUAUGUAUUACCUGCAUCAGCAUUUUGAGUGUAUCUUGAAGCGAUAGGUUAUGAAGGAAGAGAACAAAUGGCGCAACAGAGCACAACGCAGUUGGGUGGCACAGUCGGGCGCUCUCGAGAGCGAGCUGUACUCAACAUGGCAUGUAUAGAUCUGUAUACAUAACGUAUGUAUACGCCUAUCUUAACGUAUUUACAUCUCUUCAACAGCCUUGCAUGUUUCUCAAGCAUCCGAGCUGAGUGCAGCAAU